AGGUACUAGCAGAAGCCACAAACGAGAAAAACGAGCGUUCUUCAAUUCGCUUACUUUAAAUUUCGACGUGUAUGUCUAUGGUAAUUUUUUACUGUUGAUAUUUUGAUACCAAACACAUUGAAUUAGGCGAAUAACAAUGGCCCGAAAUGCAGAAAAAGCAAUGACAACGUUGGCACGUUUUAGAGCUGCACAAUUAGGAACCUUAGGAGGGAAGGAUCGUAGGCCUUAUUUGGCAUCAGAGUGCAAAGAUCUAAAGGAGUGUGAAAGAUGGCGGAGAGAAAUCUUAAGAGAAAUAUCAAAAAAAGUUACACAAAUUCAAAAUGCUGGUCUUGGAGAAUAUAGAAUCAGAGAUCUUAAUGAUGAAAUCAACAAAUUACUGAGAGAAAAAUACCAUUGGGAAGUUCAAAUUUUUAAUUUAGGUGGGCCAAACUACAGAAGAAUAGGUCCUCGCUAUCUUGAUCGUGAAGGUCGAGAAGUUCCAGGAAACCGCGGUUAUCGCUAUUUCGGAGCAGCCCGCGAGUUACCAGGUGUCAGGGAAUUGUUUGAACAGGAGCCAAUGCCUGUUCCCAAAAAGUCACGGGCUGAACUAAUGAAAGAUAUUGACGCCGAUUACUAUGGAUACCGUGAUGAUGAUGAUGGCAUUCUUAUCCCUUUAGAACAAGAGGCUGAAAAAGAGGCUAUUGCAAAAGCAGUUGCUGAAUGGCAAGCUAAAAAGGAGGCAGGAUUAUUGGAACUUGAUAAAAAUAAUGCAGAAGAAAACAUUUACACAACGCGUAAACUUAAGGAUGAUUCCGUCUUGGCGGACAGCGAUGAAGAGAUGGAAACUGAAGCGCCACGAUUUGUAGCUCACGUUGCCGUUCCGUCUCAAAAGGAAGUAGAGGAGGCAAUCCUUCGAAGAAAGAAGCAAGAGCUAUUGGAGAAAUAUGUCAGUUCAGAACUGCUGAUGGAGACAGAAGAGACGUCAAAGAAUUUACAAGCAAUGAUUUCUGAAGCAUGAAUUUUUACUUCCGAAAGACCGCAUUAAUAAACGUCAGCCACAUUUUCAAUUA